AUGCUUGCCGCUGCCGCAAUUUGGAACUUGCUGCCGCCUCGCUAUUUCAAAUGGAUUUUCUACCUGUCCACUGGCUUUGUCCUGUUGGACUUUGUGCUGAACAUGAUCUGGUUGCCCAUUGCCACGAAGAACACCAUCGGCUUUCGCUCAGCUCAUGACGCCUUCUUGACGACCUACAACGGCACCGGCGCCCCUGACGGAUGGAACUGGUGUCUCUCGUAUCUUGCCACUGCGGGUAUUCUCAUUGGCUUCGACGCCUCUGGGCAUGUUGCGGAAGAAACCAAGAACGCUAGUAUCGCGGCUGCACAAGGCAUCUUCUGGAGUACUGUGACCAGCGGCAUUGGCGGUUUCAUUGUCGUCAUUCUUUUCCUGUUUUGUGUUCCCGACGCGGAUACCCUCUUCUCGUACGGUGGUGCUCAGCCGUUCGUGCCCUUGUACGCUGCCAUUCUUGGCCAGAGGGCACACAUCUUUAUGAACAUCAUCUGCAUCAUUGCUUUGUGGUUUAACACUGCUAUCGCUGUCCUCGCCGCCUCUCGCCUGGUCUUCGCCGUUGCUCGCGAUGGUGUCCUGCCAUACUCCUCCUGGGUUUCCAAGGUCGUCGACGGCCAACCCAGGAACGCGAUUCUCGUCGUGUGGGGAGUCGCUUCCGUCAUCACUUGCACGAUCCUCCCAUCUUCCGUGGCCUUCACCUCGCUGGUCUCCGCGGCAGGUGUACCGUCGGCGGCCGCCUACGGUCUCAUCUGUCUGGGCAGACUUUUCCUGACUCCCAAGACAUUCCCCAAGCCGGCGUGGAGUCUUGGAAAAUGGAGUCGCCCAUUUCAGGCGAUCGCCGUCUUAUGGAAUGGCUGGGUUGUGGCGGUGCUGUUCUCCCCAUAUGCAUUUCCUGUAGAGGCGUCAACGCUCAACUACGCCCCGGUCAUCAUGGGCAUUGUCACCAUUUUCGCGGUGUUCUCUUGGUGGUUUAUCCCUGCUGAGAAGUGGCUGCCCUCUCAGCGUAUCCAGGAGACGUUGGAUGCCGGAGAGAGACCGUUGGUCGAGCAUUAG